ACAUCAAGACAUGUUCAGUGCUUGGGAUCGCCGGGAGCGGCCACCCGAGGAAGGAGCAGCCGCAGGGCUUCAGGGCUUCGGUGUGGACAAGACCUUCCUGUCUUCCCUCAAAGGCAUCCUGCUGGAAACUGAGCUGGCUCUGACCUUCAUCAUCUUCAUUUGCUUCACGGCCUCCAUUUCCGCCUACAUGGCUGCAGCGCUGCUAGAGUUCUUCAUCACGCUCGCCUUCCUCUUCCUCUAUGCCACCCAGUACCACCAGCGUUUCGAUAGGCUUAACUGGCCUUGCCUGGACUUCCUCCGCUGUGUCAGUGCCAUCAUUAUCUUCCUGGUGGUCUCCUUUGCUGCUGUGACCUCGAGGGAGGGAGCCGCCAUUGCUGCUUUUGUUUUUGGCAUCAUUUUGGUCUCUGUCUUUGCCUAUGAUGCAUUCAAGAUCUACCGAACUGAGUUGAUGACCAGGACCACCGAGGGGGACCAGCAGUGACACCAGGGUUACGUGACUC